UGGUAAGGGGCAGCCUGGGAGGGGCAGCUCAGUCUGGCCCUCUGCUGUUUGGGUCAGACCUGCUGAUGCACAGAAGGAGGCACUUCCAGCCCUGUGACAGUCACUGCUGUGCUGAGCCACUGCUGCUGAUGGGAGAGGGUUUUAUCAAUCCCUCAGGUGUGAUGGGGAGGAAAGGUUGACAGCCACCCUCCAAGCACACCUUUACUCUGGUUUGCCCACCUGUGACUGAGCCGACAGCUAACAGAUGAUUUCUGUCUCUCCAUCUAAACAAACCCACCUCGGGCACCUGUUGACGACAAUAGCAGCGGACAAUCUGUUAAUGUCACCAAGACCCACUUGCUCUUUUUCCUCCUUUGUGGGGCUCACCAAACAUCAAACAAUUGGAGGAAUAAAGUGACUGAGGAAGGAUUUAUGAUCAGCAACUUAAGUUGAUCAAGACACACGUGGUGAUUAUGGGCAAGAAACUUAACAUCCCCAAGUCUCAGUUUCCCAUUGGAUUGUUGUGAGCGUAAAUGAGAUCAACAGUGAAAAGUUCAGUCCAUAGCACAUAAGUCAGAGAAUACUCAGCACGUGCUCAGAGAAGGUUAACUCUCAUUACUAAGGAUUUCACGGUGGACCAUGACCUUGAACCCCUCCAGGAGAGGCCUUCUAAUGCUACUGAUGGUCUUGGGCCUGACCCACGGUGACCCCAUAAAGUCCUCUCAGGGCACGCUGGUGACCUGCACGUGUGAGAACCUACAUUGCAAGGGGCCUACCUGCCAGGGGGCCUGGUGCAUUGUAGUGCUGGUGCGGGAGGAGGGCAAGCACCCCCAGGAACAUCGGGGCUGCGGGAACCUUAACCAGGAGCUUUGCAGGGGGCGCCCCACGGAGUUUGUCAACCACUACUGCUGCAACAGCUUCCUCUGCAACCACAAUGUGUCCCUGGUGCUGAAGGCCACACCAACUCCGAAGCAGCCGCAAGGAGAUGGCCAGCUGCCUCUGAUCCUGGGCCCUGUGCUGGCCUUGCUGGCCCUGGUGGCCCUGGGUGUCCUGGGCCUGUGGCAUGUCCGGCGGAAGCAGGAGAAGCAGCGGGGCCUGCACAGCGAGCUGGGAGAGUCCAGCCUCAUCCUGAAGGCAUCUGAGCAGGGGGACAGCAUGUUGGGGGACCUUCUGGACAGCGACUGUACCACAGGCAGUGGCUCGGGGCUCCCCUUCCUUGUGCAGAGGACAGUGGCACGACAGGUUGCCCUGGUGGAGUGUGUGGGAAAGGGCCGCUAUGGCGAGGUGUGGCGAGGCUUGUGGCACGGUGAGAGUGUGGCCGUCAAGAUCUUCUCCUCGAGGGAUGAGCAGUCCUGGUUCCGGGAGACUGAGAUCUACAACACAGUACUGCUCAGACACGACAACAUCCUAGGGUUUAUCGCCUCGGACAUGACUUCGCGCAACUCGAGCACGCAGCUGUGGCUCAUCACACACUUCCACGAACAUGGCUCGCUCUACGACUUUCUGCAGAGACAGCCGCUGGAGCCCCAGCUGGCCCUGAGGCUAGCCGUGUCCGCGGCCUGUGGCCUGGCGCACCUGCACGUGGAGAUUUUCGGCACACAGGGCAAACCGGCCAUUGCCCACCGAGACCUCAAGAGCCGGAAUGUGCUGGUCAAGAGCAACCUGCAGUGUUGCAUCGCAGACCUGGGCCUGGCUGUGAUGCACUCCCAGGGAAGUGACUACCUGGACAUUGGCAACAACCCUCGAGUGGGCACCAAGCGGUACAUGGCCCCGGAGGUGCUGGAUGAGCAGAUCCGGACCGACUGCUUCGAGUCCUACAAAUGGACGGACAUCUGGGCCUUCGGCCUGGUGCUCUGGGAGAUCGUCCGCCGGACCAUUGUCAAUGGCAUAGUGGAAGACUACAGGCCACCCUUCUAUGAUGUGGUGCCCAAUGACCCCAGCUUUGAGGACAUGAAGAAGGUGGUGUGUGUUGACCAGCAGACGCCCACCAUCCCUAACCGGCUGGCUGCAGACCCGGUCCUCUCAGGCCUGGCUCAGAUGAUGAGGGAAUGCUGGUACCCCAACCCCUCUGCCCGUCUCACUGCACUACGGAUCAAGAAGACACUGCAGAAACUCAGCAACAGCCUGGAGAAGCCCAAAGUAAUUCACUAGCAACCAGCCUGAUGCCUGACUUCCCUCUGCCAGCACUGUGUGUGAGGGUGGGUGGUGGAUGGUGGCCUAUCUGGGUGGAGGUAGUGUGAGUGUGUGCAGGAGAGGGGGGUGCCCCUCUAGGGGAAGGCUGUGCCUGCCCAGCUCGGCCCCCUAGCCCAUCCAGCCAAAAAUACAGCUGGGCUGAAACCCGAUCUCCCGCCGUCUGGCCUGCUCAGAGGAGCAGGCUCCCUGACGCCUGGCUCCUACCCCACCCUCAUGGCCUGGGCGCACCCCCUGUUACCCCAGGACAGGAUGCAAAGGAGGCCCCAGAGCCAAGAUGGCCAAGCCAUGGAAUCCCAGUCUCUUGGGCCCAGAGCCUGGGCCUGCACUCUAACCCCUGCCCUUGGUCAACCCCACUGCCCAACCACAGCUGCCAGGUGGCACAGGGCCUCGUCCAGCCUUCAGGAGACACCCUGCUCUGCUCAGCCUCAGCCUCUGGCCUCAACACCCGGGGCCUAUCAGUUUUUCCCUGUGGGUUUGUAUCUCAGCCCCAUGACGCCUUGGGCCUCAGUCUCCUGGACAAGACCCCUGCGAGCUGACUGCCAGCUGCCUGGGAGAGCUGGGGCCUGAUCCUGGGCCCCUCCUCCUACCCUCACCCUAGCUAACUUACUGGGGUGUUAUGCCAAAGGAGUCUUGCUGUGGGGGUGGCAGUGUCAUGGGCCAGUGCAGAGGUGACAGGUCAGAUGGGGAAGGCCCAGGACUUUCAGAAUAACUGAGGGGACAUCGAGGCCCAGCGUGGCUGGGGAAAGGCUUAGCUGGAAGUCAGAGACCCAGGCUCGAGUCCCAGAUGCUGCUCUAAGUGGUAAGAAUGAGGCCUUCCCUGAGUCAGGACCUCUGUUUCGUCAUCUACACAUUGAAAGAUUUAGUCUUGAUGUCCUUUGAGGUUUUUUUCAGCUCUAAGUUUCUUUGAAAUUUCCGCUUGUGUCAGGGCUCAGUUCAUCAGUGUCUUCUACUCCUUAUGCUUCAGCCUCUGGCAAUUCGCCUCCAGAUGAGGACUUGAAAAUAACUUCAUCUGAGGCCAGGAGUGUCUGAGAUGCCUCCUCGUCUAAUUCUGCAGGCUCCAGUUCCUGCCUAAUUCCAUGUCAGUGGCCCUCCUUGGGCUCAAACAGUCCCCGGCCUCUGACAGGCAAGCCAGCCCUCACUCCUUCUGUGGCUUUGCCUUCUCUGCCCAGGGCUGAGAGGGACUGAAAGCUGGCUUCCUGCAGGGCCUCCAAGGCUCAGAAGAAAUUUGGCUCCAGCCAGUAAACCUCCAGCACCCAGGUUCCCGCUCCCACUGGCCCCUGGCCCAGGCCCACACCCUUGGCUGGGCCCCAGGGAGUGUGUGUCUAGAAAGAACCUGGUGGCUAUAGAGAAAGACACAGAAAGUUCUGCAUUUGAAAGUCAAGGGUGUGUGUCCAUGCACUGAGGAGGGGACCCUGAACCCUGGGCAGGUGGAUGGGCUGGGGGGGCAGUGGGUUGGAGGUAGAACCUGAGGUGUUGGGGGUUGGGGCUCAGGCCAAGGACAAGCACAGCCCCAAGCUUGGGAGACCUGACCUCAUAGCCCUCAGCCCUUGGGGCAGGGUGGAGAGAGACCCUUGGUUCUUCAAAGCAGGUAAAAAUAAAAAAAACCAUAACCUCC